GGCCCGUCACCGACCACGAUUUGCCAGCAUUUAAUUCCUCUAUCACUCUCAUGGAAUCAUCAGACACGGUAUUCUAGGCACUUGCUGGCUAGGGUUUGAGCUGUCAGUGUGUAUUACUUGACUGUAUGGUAUAGGAGGCCGGGUAGAGCGUGUGAGUGUGUGUUCGCUAACCCAUGCCCACUGACCUAUAUAUACGUCUAUGUAUAUCUCACCCAACUGGAUCACCAAGCUCCAGAUAGAAGCUCAACUUGGACUUCUCUAACAUACCGCUGCUCACUUACAGCUCGGAUUCCCCCCCGGGAGAGUAUGGAAGGUAACCAGCAUCUUGCUGAUGAGUACAUAUACCACUUUGAUUUGGAACAGCUGGAAUUCCCAAUAGUGAAGCAGGAAGCGGACGACCGGUACUUUAUGGCGAACUGUUGCAUGACCGCCCGGCCCGAGGCCGUGAAGGCGGUCAGCCCCACCUCCUGUAGUGUACCACCGUCCCCCAGCUUCAGCAGUGAGGGAGUGCCAAGUCCCGACCAGAAACCGCUCACAGUGCUCGACGACUUACUCUGGCUGAGUCAGAGCGUUCAGAUCACUCCAGACGACUUAGCCUUGUGCACCGGGGAAUCUGUCGACUACACAGGCAACGCCACCAACACGAACACCAUCUCAUCUUCACUAAAACUGAAUCAGAAUGAUCUCACAUGCUUGGACGGGUCACACGUCCAAGCGUCGUCAUGCUCAAUGUCGCUGUCCACCAACGACUACUCUCCGGAUGACCAAAGCGAAUGCAAUGAAGACCUCACCGAUGCUUUCGACCACAGGAUGCGCUGUUGCUCAUCUAGCGGCAGCAGUCAUUACAACGACAGUUCCCCAGAAGGAAGCAUGGACGAUGGCCUUCUAGACGACGAGGAAUUGGUGUCCCUUCCCGUCCGAGAACUUAACAAACGCCUUCAUGGCAUCCCUAAAGAAGAGGUAUUGAAACUGAAGCAGAAACGCCGCACGUUGAAGAACAGGGGAUAUGCGCAAAAUUGUCGCUCCAAGAGAAUGGCGCAGCGAUUCGAGCUGGAGAGGACCAACCGAUCCCUUCACGAGCAAAUUUCAAGACUGAAGCGUCAGGUGAAUGCGUUGACUAAGGAGAGGGACUUGUUCAAGAGUCAAUGUGUAGUGCUUUCGGGAGCAAACCGAGGACGAGGUCACGGGUCGGUGUCCAGUUAUCCAAGUUCACCGGACGGCGAUUUGUAACUGGAAUGAACAGAGUAUACCAUCUACCAGUGGCUAUUUCAUCCUAACAUACAUUCGACUUGUUCAUCCCUCAUCCAGUAUACACACUGUGCUUUACCACCAUACGAUGAUGAAAAAUGACGGUAACUUUUUUGCGUCAAGGUUUACUCUUGGAAGGCUCAGUGGCUUGUCAGAAUUGCAGGAGAGGCGGCUUAGACUUGGCAUCGCCCAGAAAAGCAGCAAUUUACCGAGAAUGCUAGUCCGGAUCUCUCGCAUUUAACAUUAUGUAAGUGUCAUGAUCACUAUUCCAUUGUCAUCUUUACGCCGUGUGUUAUGUGUGUAGUAAAUGUACCUCGUCCAAUUUUAUUUUAUCUUUAUCCUUAUUUUUGUUUAAAUCCAGUGUUUCCAUAUGUUAUGAUGACCUUGCCUUACCAUACUCACCACAGCGGGCUGGUGCGUUAUUUUGGGCCCUGGCGAAAUGCAACCUGUUAGAUGUGGGUCACGUAAUGUAUAGCUAGGAUCUGACUACUAUUAGCUCAAGGCUUGUGCACGGGUCCCCAUAACCCUGUCCAUCACCACACAUCUUUUCACUCCAAUUAAUAUAUUUUUGAUAUUUUAACCGGCCAUGCUAAUGCUUGGGGCAGAUUCUCUAAGUGUUUGUAUAUAGUGUCAACAGAAGGUAGAACGGAUGAUUCAGUACUGUGUAUUAUUUAUUCCAUGCCCUGGCCACUGUCUUUUCAAGACGAAGCCCUGUUCGGCAAUCUCAGGACCGUCAUUAUGAUAUUCAGUUAUACCCAUAGCUUAUUCCCCACCCCAGACGUGUUAAGGUUACCACUGCUACAGAACACUUAACGUCCUUCUGUAGGUUUCUCCCGUGAGAGAAAGAAAGUAAAGAAGCUCAAUGUGAAUUGGUGAUAUGUACAUAGUUGAAGUGUUACUCUACAUGUUCUGAGCAGAUAGGCGUGCUGAAGUACUUGCAGUAAUGUAGUACAAUCUGACUGUGAUAGACGGCACAUUAGAACACGUCUGGGGUGGGAUAACGAUUACCCAGCUGUAUAAUCAGACCUCUGUUAGAAACAUACAUCAAAUUUUACCACCUCCAUUUCGUUCCCCAGUCUGAUCAGGCUUGUGAUAGUCUUGUCUCUUUCCACACGAGAUCAAAACCUUUUCUUUCACCAUUUGGCUGUUUACAUCUGCACCUAGCAAUCAUAAGCUAACGUUACUAUAACUCCCAUGACGUUACUAUAACUACCAUGGCGUUAAAUGUUGAAAGCAUAUGUUGUCAUGUUGGUUACAGCCAGGUUUGUAGCACACAACCACUGUAUGCAACAAUGCCCAGGUCGUAGUCAGUAUUUGUUUUUCCCCCCAAACACAAGGACUGUGGAAUCUUAUGGGCUUCUAAUAAGACAUUUUUUUGCUGUAUUGUUUUUUUUGUAAAUGUAUUUUGUACACAGCCUUUUAAUAUCCUGAUAAUCUACUUAAUGUAUGUACAGAUAUCUUCUAUUCUUCCAUGACUUUUAAAACUGCUUUUUGACAAUCCUUUUCCAAUAUGGAUGGCACAGAGUUGAUCUUGAUGUCUUUGAUAAACAUAUGAACCUGUAAAUAAUUUUUAUUUGAUCCAACAACUAUCUGCAUUCUACAGCUAUAGUGCCUUUGUCUUGAUAUGCCUUGUUAAUGUGUACAAAAUUUUGACAUCAUUAUUGUUGUUAAGUUUUAAAAAUUUUAACUUCUGUUGUUCGGAGAACAAUGGAAUAUGAGCUGGAAAUAUAAGAUGUAUCUGAGAGGAGGACAGGAGACUAAGGUUUUGUAAGUACAAAACCACCCACUCAUGGACAAGAAGGUGAUGUAUGGUGCACAAGUUUAUACAGUUGUGGUGUUCCUAGUGCUCAAUUUUAAGGCCAGCUUUUAGAUUUUACUACAUCCGACUAUUUAUUAUUUAUUUUAAGUGUGCCAUUCACUUCUGUGCCAUGUUAGUUCCUGUUGUUUUUUUUUUCACCCAAUGCCUUAUUCUUCACUUUAUAUUUUGGGUUCAUACUAAGGCCUGAUUGAUCAAUGCUGUUUUUGACUAUAUAGCUACUGUUAUAGCCGUCCUUAGAGGCCUAUUAAUAUCCUUAUGUAUACCUGGGUUGAAUUCAAAUGCUGCUUUAAUUUAUUUUGAUUUUGUACAGAAUCUGAAUGCAGUCGGCUGAAGCCACAUUCUGUGUAUGUAUGUGUAUAUGUACCCAGUGGUCAGUACACACGACAUUAUUUUCUCUUUCAAACAGCACAAAAUGUGUACUCAUGAAACUGUAAACUAGAUCUACCAAACCUUUAGUAGUAUAUACACCUGUAUUAUGUCUACUUAACAUUAUUGUCUACUUCAGCCAAAAUACUGAAUAAUUGUAUAUUCACAAUACUGAUUAUGAAUCGUUUCUCUCCAAACAGCAUUACCUGUUUAUGCAUGUACCUGAAUGUUAUUGCUAACCUGAGAGACUUUUUCCAAAGUCAACAUACUAGACCAGCCAAAUAUCUGUACAUCUAUACAUGUAUUUUGAUCAUCAUAACAGCAACUCACUUUCCAUCGACCACACUCAUUUUGUCCCUUCCCAAAAUCUACAACCUGUAUUGUAGCAUCAACUCAUUACCACCCCUACUUGUUCCAUAACUUACAUGUCCUACGUGUAUUAGCUUCUCAUUAUGACCUUACUGUCUCAGUCAUACAACCAAAAUUUUUCAUUCACCCCGUUACAGUUUUAACAUACUCAUUCUGUAUUUUUAUUCAGUUUAUGUUCAUUUGAAAGUUUCAGCCAUCAAUAUAGGGCCUAUGAUUUGUUUCCCCUAGCUACAUCAUUCCACUCAUCCCAUACCACUGGUAGAUGUCCUUUUGGGCCAACAGGAAGUUGUAUACUCUAACACAUGCACCAGAAGACAAUAACUGAAGGCACUGUGAUUGGUCAAAUUACGUGCAAUCAUCCAUCAGAUCUCAAAAAAGUUACUGUUUUAUCUGGUUGCAUAUUCACGAAACGCACAUAUAUGUGACCUUUAGUCGUGUGCUGCAUUUUUAUAUGUGACGUGAUCGUAACCGAAAUUGUAAGUCUUUUAACUUCAGCCCCACACUUGUGAGAUGGCUGAACAUUUUUUUUUUUGAACUCUUGAUGGUUAGACCAUUGGAAGUACCAAAUAUGUCAAGUAACAAGGACUAAAGCAAGCAAGCAAAUAUUGAAACAAGAACUAUAGGGCAGCAAGUGAAACAAACAAACAAGAACUAAAGCAUGGCUUCAACAACUAAUAUUCAAUGUGCUUGUGUAUGUUUGUAUGUGUAAGACAACAUGUACAAACAGAAAAAAUAUAAAAAACAACUCUGUUUACCAUGAAAUGGAUAAGCAGAGUCAAAGAAAAAAAAGCAAAAAUAUAAAAAAUAUAUAUAAACAAAAAAUUAUGAAAUCAGAACAGCAGCCUCAUGCUGUGAGAGGCUCCCGUGGUUCUGACUCCCGAACUUGUCAGUCUUCAGAGAACAGUGUGAGCUCUAGAGCUGAGAGUAUGGUGACAGGAACGUGGCUGUCCACUGACCAGGCCAACAGCAACCAUCUGUCAACUGGACCGGUUCAACCUUGUAUUAUUAAUUAACUGAACAGAGGUUUGAUGUUUGAGCUUUACUGCUGUGCAUCACAUACAAAAUGAUGGUUGUAACUGUUUGGUAAGAAAAUCAGGUGACCUGAAUGUCUGAGUUUUUAGAAUUGUGAAUGUUGGGUCUUGGGAGUUAUCUCCCCCUGAUUAUCCAUUCAGUUGUUAUCUUAAUUAUGUCCUGCUAAAAACAAUCUGUAAUAUGUGUUAUUUAUUAAUGUUUAUGAUUUCUUAAGAUAAGGCAUUGUAUUCAUACAUUUGUUACUGAUUACUUUCAUUUAAUUUCUUUGUUUUGGUUUUCUUUUUGUUGCUUUUGAUUGUUUCUUAGCUCUGGUUUAAAUGUCUAUCCAGAAGGGUUGAUCACAUGACUAUGGCGUCAACAGCAACCUCUGUUCUUAAACGAACAAUUAUGCAAGAGAAAAACAAAAAUAUGAAAUGAAUAAAAAGGAAAUAGC